AUGAGCACGCGCAGCAGCAAGAGGACGAGGUCCAGCACGGCGGCCGCGGCCGCGACCCAGCCGACGGGGAGGAGCAGCAUCCAGGGCGGCUACCAACAACAACUCUACAGCCAGAACGGAGGCUCCUCCUCCUCUUCCUCAUCUUCCAAGAACUCCAAGCGAAGGCGCACAGCGGGCAGCGACUCAUCCGUGGUGGACCUGGGCAAGCUGGACAUCGGCACGUUGAGGAAGUACCAGCGCCACUACGGCCUGCGCACGAAGAGCAACAAGUCGGCCGACAAGGAGGAGCUGGCCCGAGCAGUGGCCAAGCACUUUGCCGACCUCACCGUGGACGAGGAGGAGACCAUCGAGACUUUUGUCAGCACCCUCAUGCGCACCACUCACUAG